AUGACGGACGAAUACCUUCCAGCCUUAGAUCUGGGCGAAGUAAAUGGUGAGGUUGAAGAAAGGGAACCAUCAGUGACUAAUAAAGAUGACCAGGAAACAUCAAUUGUUAAUGAAAACGGUUACGAGUCGGAAUGUAGCUCAAGUUCACGUAGUGAACACGACAUAGCAUCCGCAGCUUUGGAAGUGGAAGCAGAUGCAUUUACAAGAUUUAUCGAGCGACAACGUAUGGAAGUCAUGUUUGAAUUACGCCGUUUACGUUUAGGCGAACGGCCAGUAACAGGUCAACCUAAUCGAGAACGGAUCGAGACAUUUCUCAAUAAUAUUCAAGACCAUCAACAAGAUGCUCGAGUACCAGCUGAACGACCGCCAGUGCCUAGUGCACGUAUAGCUGAUAUCAAUUCAUUAGCAGAUCGUCGUUGUGUUUCGCUUGCUUUGAGUAGUGCUGCAUUUCGGCAAGAUCUGGAAAAUGCUGUGCGCCAGUCUAUUCGCACAGUUCCAACUCCAGUUGUUGUUCAACAACAGCCGCGUCCACAAGUUGCGCCAACUGGUCCUGUUCAACAGCCACGUUCACAGGUGACACCAAUUGUCCCUUCAACCCCUACACCACAAGUUCAACCUUCUCAUAAUACACUCAACGUUGAAAGACGCGAGCGAGAAAUCGAUGCUUGGCAAGCUAUUACUCAAAUGCAACGUGAGCGAAUUAUUGUCGAAAUUAGUGACUUAGUCCAUCGCCAAUUGGUGACAAGUGCUCUAGAGAGUGACUUUCGUCGACAUUUAGAACAAAAUGUCCUGAAUCAUAUUGCGCGCGAUGCACCUGCUCCGCAAGAACAAUUGACAAUGCCACAAGUUGCUCCGCAGCUUCGAACAACUGCUACAGCUGCUGUCGCACAAGCUUCUGCUUCAAAUAUCGAUGCAUUAUCUACUCGUCUUGAUUCUAUGCAACAAAUGCUUCAAAUGAUGUUCACUAUGCAAAUGGACAUGCAACGAUCAUUACGUCAAGAAGUCGCCAGUGCUUUAGCUCAGCAGACUACUACAACAACGAAUGCAUCAACUGAACCUAUGGCUUCGGGUCGCUGUACAAUUUGUUUAACUGCUACUGCUGACACUGUUCUUUAUCGUUGCGGCCAUCUUUGCGUUUGUUAUAUGUGUGGAUUACAGCUGCAACAACAAGCAUCCGUUCAUGGCAUUAAAUGUCCUGUAUGUCGAGCUCCAGUCGACGAUAUUCUUCGUGUGUACCGAAGUGGUCGUGAUGGAGAAUAA